GGACUGUGGAUGGGUUGGUUGACCGCCUCUGGCAGUCUGGCCCGCACCAUGGGACCGAUCUAUGUCUCACAGGUCUACGACAGCUUCGGACCACAAGUCACGUUUGGCAGUUCGGGUGGAUUUAUCCUGGUCACAAUCAUAUUCUACUUGUUGAUAUUCAGACGACUAGUGCCAUUCUCUUUCAAGGACAAAUCGAUGAAACGGUUCGGGGCCAGUAGCAACCAAAACAGUGUGUGAUCGCCUCCUAUGACAAUGAUUAAUUGUUUUAAGUGAAAGUUUUACUCUAUGUCAGGGUGAUACCAGGACAAGAUAUACAGAUAUCUGUUCUUCGGGGUGAAACAAAAGAACGUGCACAUCUGCUGAUGUCUGUUUCAAGACGAUAAACUGAUUCGUGUGCUUCAGGGUCAUACCUGAACAAUAUAUCGUAAACUGAUAUAUGUGUAUCAGGGUGAUACCAAACAAUGUGCUCAACUACUUAUAUAUGUGCCAAGACAAUACAGUGAUACAUGUGCUUCUGGAUGAUACCUGGACAGUAUAUAAACUGAUAUAGUAUGUAUGCCAGAGUAACUCUGGGAAAAUAUGUACUAAUAUAAUAUGUGUAUCAGGGUGAUUCCAAAACUGAAUAUUUGUGCUGAAGUGUGAUCGAUACACUGACAUCUGUGUGUAAUGGAGAAACCAGAACAAUGUACACUGACAUAAUAGGCAAAAAAAGUAAAAAUAAAACAGUGCGCUGAUAUAUGUGCUUCA